CCUGAACACACAGACACACGCUCGCUCGCUCGCUCGUCCUCCACCGCUCAGAGAGAGAGAGAGAGAACAGAGCGAGGCUUGUUGACCAGUCACCACAGACGCUCGGGUCAGCUGUCUCUCCUGACCAUGGAUCUCAUGAUUCACUGAUGAAUGGAGAAAGGCAGGGCACGGGACGCAGCAGACUGCUGAAAGAGCUUAGGGUCGGUUUUUGGGAAUGCUGAGGCCCCGGGGACCCUACGGCUGGACCGACCGGCACUGACGAAACAAGGGGCGAGGUGAGCUGUCCAACUCUGAACCGCUCACUGAAUCAAAGGGAUCUUGAGAUCUUCAGAGGGGUUUUGUGGUUAGGGGACAUGAAGAAAAGCUGCAGGGAUUUUGACAUGACAAAAACAUGCCACCUGGCGUAAAGGGACUGGCUCUGAGAUCUCGACUCGGGAAGGUUUCUCAAGCAGCUCCUGCUGGUGAACACAGAGAUGGCCAUGGUGAGCGGGGGAUGGGCCAACCCCAACGGAGGCGCUAAUGGACUCGGUGAGAAAGGUUACCUGCGGGGGGAGGAGGAGAGCAGCUCGCCCCGGGCGGGGAACAGCGACGCGGAGGCUGGCGAGGAGGACAGGGCCUGCGUGGUGGACUGUGUGGUGUGUGGGGACAAAUCCAGCGGGAAACACUAUGGCGUUUUCACCUGCGAAGGGUGCAAGAGUUUCUUUAAGAGGAGCAUCAGACGGAACCUCAGCUAUACCUGCAGGUCAAACAGAGAGUGUCAGAUUGAUCAGCACCACCGUAACCAGUGUCAGUACUGCCGUCUGAAGAAGUGUAUCCGGGUCGGUAUGAGGAAAGAAGCGGUGCAGCGUGGUCGAAUCCCUCCCUCGCACGCCGGAAUCAGUCCAGCCUCCAUGGUUGGAGCAGCUGGGGAUGUUGGAGGAGGUCACGGACUGGGAGCUGAUUUCUUCAACGGUCAGCCGGUGUCUGAGCUCAUCUCUCAGCUGCUGAGAGCAGAGCCGUACCCUAACAGCCGCUACGGAGCCCAGUGCGGCCAGCAGCUCUCAGGAGCCAACAGCUCCAUCAUGGGCAUCGACAAUAUAUGUGAGCUGGCAGCCCGGCUGCUCUUCAGUACCAUAGAGUGGGCCCGGAAUAUCCCCUACUUUCCUGACCUGCCCGUGUCGGAGCAGGUGGCUCUUCUGAGGCUCAGCUGGAGUGAACUGUUCAUCCUGAAUUCAGCUCAGUCGGCUCUGCCACUGCACACGGCCCCCCUGCUGGCCGCCGCCGGCUUCCACUCCUCCCCUAUGCCCGCUGACCGCGUGGUGUCCUUCAUGGACCAGGUGAGGGUUUUCCAGGACCAGGUGGACAAGCUGGCACGACUGCAGGUGGAUUCUGCUGAAUACAGCUGUCUGAAAGCCAUUGUGCUGUUCUCACCAGAUGCAUGUGGCCUGUCAGAUCCGGCGCACAUCGAGAGUCUGCAGGAGAAAGCUCAGGUGGCCCUGACCGAGUACGAGCGCAUACAGUAUCCAGGUCAGCCGCAGCGCUUCGGCAGACUCCUGCUGCGACUGCCCGCCCUGAGAGCCGUUCCCGCCAGCCUCAUCUCUCAACUCUUCUUCAUGCGGCUGGUUGGCAAGACCCCAAUCGAGACUCUUAUCCGGGACAUGCAGCUCUCUGGAAGCUCCAUCAGCUGGCCUUACGUGCCUGGACAGUAGAUGAACAAUCAGAGACUUGUUCCCUUGUCCCAUCUCAGGCUGCUCCCAUGCUUCCACAGUAUCCGCGUGGAUUGAUAUUGUGCUUUUUGAUGAUCGUGUAUAUACUGUAUGUCUAAAAGAGGUUGACGCGUAUGUUCCUAUGCAGUUUAAAUGAGCCAUCCAGUACCAGGAUACCUCAUGUUUCACAUCAUGAGCAACAAUUCUGACAAAAAAACAUUUGACAAGAUGAAUGAUAAACAGAGAACUGAUUGAGAAGAAUUAACAGAUCCAAAGCUUUAAAGAGGAGUUUAGAAUACCUUCUUUUUCAGAGCAUAGUGAACUAUUUUAAUGCUAGCGUAGAUGUACAUUAAGAAUCUUUAUUACAGACUGCAUUCGUGAGUCAAAAAUGUUGGGAUUUGUACUUAAAAAAAAAUCAUUGGUGACCAGUAAAUGGCUAUGUUUAGAACGGAGUACUAGCAUACUGCAUACUACAUCUUUAUAUUGAAUAGUAUGUGAAACAGUAUGAAAUAUGCAACAUUACAUGUCUCAAAUAGUACUAUGCUACAUUGUUGUCACAUGACCUCAUUAUAUUGCAUGUUUAUCAUGUAAAUAUGGUACACCGCAUUGUGGGAUACAGUAUUCUGUGCAGUAUGCUUUGGUUGUAUACUGCAUAUUUUGGGAAAUGGUCAUCCAGGUAUUACACACUAUGCACGGUAUACAAACUACAUACCAAAAAACAAAACAUCAAGAGUAGUAUAGUAGUAUGCUAUUCUGAACACAGAUCAUGUCUUCGAUUCUCCUAUUUAAACAGUUCAAGUGAAUUUUUCAGAGGGGUGGAGAAAUGGUAUAAAGUUUUACAUUGCUGACAGUGAGAAAUAUCAAGUAUUUUUGCAUACUAGAAAUAAAAAAGAAUGAUAAACAAAGAAGCUCUUAUAUAACGACUUUUCCAUUUUCAGCGUUGUACUGAGUAAAAUUAAUAAACGUUAAACAAGAGAAAAAAAUGUGCUUUAA